AUGUCUUCUCUCUUAGAUCUCCCCACAGAACUGAUCCAGCGAAUUGCUCGCAAUCUUCCCUGCUCGGCAGCGCUCAACUUCAUCCAAGUAAACCGCCAGCUGCAUGCGGCGUGUAACGAUCGCCUUGUCUUCAAGCACAUCGCCCUACAUCAAGUGGGACACGAAAACCUCGGCGGAAAAGAGGGAACUCCAGUAUGGGAUGAAGGGGUUGAUCUUCUGAAUGAAGCCACGCUUCAGGGUACCAUUCGAAUUGCCCUAGCCGUCGAGCGCGCCCUUCAAAGAGCUUCUGAAAAGCCACCGCGAUGGUUUUCAGAGGACGAUGGCGGUGUAGUAGUGGUUCAUCGCGACGUGGAAGAGUGGCUGCCGCAUCUUCUGACUUUGCACCAUCCCGCAUGCAGCUCCUUCAAAGCCGAGCACCUGCUAUGGCUCCAUCUCGAACUCGCCAAUCGCCGACAUGUGCGCCCCGGCGACGAAAACAGCGAAGCCCACCGAAAAAGCGUGGUGCAGGCCUAUGCGACUCUUGUCAACGUUGGAUUCUGCUUGGCCUUCCUCACCUUAGAAGGGAUGAGCAGGAUCCCCGAAGAACAAGUGUUAGAGCCAUUCGAAAUGGGAUAUCAUAUCCCAGAGAACCGAGUAAACGACUACGUCCGCUCCGGUGCAUGGGGGUUGAGCCCGCCUGCGCCAGGCAGCGAUCUCCUACGGACCUAUAGUCUUGCGCAAGCUGCUGCGUCAAUCAUUCCAUUCUUGUACAGCAUCCUAGGAGGGGCGCAUUUCCCAAUUAAACUUCCUUGUCCAUCCCGCACGCUGUUCCGGUCAUACAUGGACAUCCCACUGGUGUAUCGAAACACCACUGUGGAGUUCAGUUAUUGUCAUACCCACAGGAUGACUGCUCCAGAGUUCCUCUCGGGAAGAUGGAUGGGAUACUACACGGAUCAGCGAAACCUUAUUCACAGCCGGUACGCGAUUGUCGAUCCUCCAAUGCGCAACAUCAAUCUCAUUGCUCGGCCGCGGGACCGCACAGACCGACCUGAUCCACAUAUCAGAGCCAUGGUCGAUCGCGAAACGCGCGGCGUCGACUCUCAUGGCGCCUUCCUGCUCUACGGCGAGAUCCACGAGAACGGGAAGGUCGACGUUAUCAAGAGUUAUCCAGCGCAGGGUUGGGAUUGGAUGUGGCACGGCGAGGUUACGCCUUUUGGCAUUAUCGGUCAUUGGGGGGACUUGAGCGGCAACUUUGGGGGAUACUUUUGGAUAUGGAAGGAAGAAUGGUGUACAUGA